CCGUCCCCACUGCAGAGCCGCCGUCUGAGGAGCGACUGGAAGGGUCCGCGCGCCGCCGCCCCCUCGGCCCGCCAUGCUGCUACUCGUGCCGCUGCUGCUCGGCCUCCUCGGUCUAGUUGCCGCCGAACCCGCCGUUUACUUAAAAGAACAGUUUCUGGACGGAGAUGGGUGGGCCCAUCGCUGGAUUGAAUCCAAACACAAGUCGGAUUUCGGCAAAUUUGUUCUCAGUUCUGGCAAGUUCUAUGGUGACCAGGAGAAAGAUAAAGGGCUGCAGACAAGCCAGGAUGCCCGCUUCUACGCUCUGUCGACCAGAUUUGAGCCCUUCAGCAACAAGGGCCAGACGCUGGUGGUGCAGUUCACCGUGAAACACGAGCAGAACAUCGACUGUGGGGGUGGCUACGUGAAACUGUUUCCGGAUGGUUUGGACCAGACAGACAUGCAUGGAGAUUCUGAAUACAAUAUCAUGUUUGGCCCUGACAUCUGUGGUCCCGGUACAAAGAAGGUUCAUGUCAUCUUCAACUACAAGGGCAAGAACGUACUGAUCAACAAGGACAUCCGCUGCAAGGAUGAUGAGUUCACACACCUGUACACUUUGAUUGUGCGACCUGAUAACACCUAUGAGGUGAAGAUUGACAAUAGCCCGGUGGAAUCAGGCUCUUUGGAAGAUGAUUGGGACUUCCUGCCCCCUAAGAAAAUCAAGGAUCCUGAUGCUUCAAAACCAGAGGACUGGGAUGAGCGAGCCAAAAUCGAUGACCCCACAGACUCCAAGCCUGAGGAUUGGGACAAGCCUGAGCACAUCCCUGACCCUGAUGCUAAGAAGCCUGAGGACUGGGAUGAAGAAAUGGAUGGGGAGUGGGAACCACCUGUGAUUCAGAACCCCGAAUACAAGGGCGAGUGGAAGCCCCGGCAGAUUGACAACCCGGAUUACAAGGGCACUUGGAUCCACCCAGAGAUUGACAACCCUGAGUACUCUCCGGAUAGCAAUAUCUAUGCAUAUGAAAACUUUGCUGUGCUGGGCUUAGACCUCUGGCAGGUCAAGUCUGGCACUAUCUUUGACAACUUCCUUAUCACCAACGAUGAGGCCUAUGCCGAGGAGUUUGGCAAUGAGACCUGGGGUGUCACAAAGGCAGCUGAAAAGCAGAUGAAGGACAAGCAAGAUGAAGAACAGAGGCUAAAGGAGGAAGAGGAGGAUAAGAAACGUAAGGAGGAGGAGGAAGCAGACAAGGAAGAUGAUGAGGACAAGGAUGAAGAUGAGGAGGAGGAGGAUGACAAGGAGGAGGAGGAGGAAGAUGACGCUGCCACUGGCCAGGCCAAGGACGAGCUGUAGGGGCCAUAUCAUCGCCUCCAGGGCUGGACUAAGGCCUGAGCGCGCCUGCUGCAGAGGUGGCUGCGCCAAAUAAUGUCUCUAUGAGACUGGAGAACUUUCUUUUUUUCCAGGCGGGUUCUGAUUUGGGGUGGAUUUUGGUUUUGUUCCUCCCUUGCCACCCCACCUCCCCCCCCCCCUUUUUUUUUACUGGUGUUUUGUCUGACUCAGCCAUUAUCCCUGGCCCUUGUUUUUCUUGAUUGACAUCUUUGUCUCCCUCUGUACCCUUCCUUCCCUACCGCACUCCAGAUCCCUUAGUUCCCCUCGAAAUGGGGAGCUGUAUAUGGGGAUAUGGAGAAGCCCCAGGCCCAAGAUUCAUCUGCUGUCCUACCUGGAUUAGGGGGGUGGGGGAGGCAGAAGGUGGUAUCUCUAGCCCCUCCCCCCCAGCACUGAGGAAAAAUGGGGCUCUUAGGGACCUGAGCUCUGACAUCCCCCCCCCCCACAUCCUUUUGUCUCCUUACCCAAAGACUGGGCCACUUCUAGGUGGGGCAGUAGAUUUCCAUCUCAGCUCAUGCUGAGAAUGUAAGAACUACAAACAAAAUUUCUAUUAAAUUAAGUUUUGUGUCUUCCUCUUGUGUUUC